AUGUUUUCAAUUUUUAAUAAUAAUACUAAUACAGAGCAAGGUUAAGAUAAUAUUGAAGAACCAUUUUUUAAGCAUGUUAGAGAAGAGAAUAAAUUGAAUUGUAUUUAGAUGUAUCAUGGUUUAUUAAUUUCUUUAAUGAUGAUUUGUUUACAGUUUACUGGAGAUUAUCUAGGAAAUAUUCAAAAUCAUAAUAUUUAGCUACCAGAAACUUUUACUAGAUCUAGUUUUAGUGGAUGUUGGCACCUUGCUGAUUAUUUAGAACCUCUUUACAUGUUUUGGAUUGGAUUUAACAUAUAAAUGUCCAUCAAUUAAAAACAUAAAAGAACACUAACACUAUGGGGAAGUCUCCUCAUCAAGUUUUUUUCCUUACUUUUUUUUGGAUUCUUCAUAAACUCAAUCAUUUGCGGAUUUGACUACAGCCAAUAUAGGAUGAUGGGAUUUUUUUAGAGAGUGAUAAUAAUAAAUUUUUUUAUGUUGAUCUUGCAUCUAUAUGCAGACAAAAAAGUUUAGUAUUUUAUAGUAAUAAUCUUUUCUCUUGCCUCUCUUGGUAUUACUACAACAGUUAAAGGUAAAACUAUAGAUUGUCCUCACGUUAACGUUAAGUUACCCUAGUGCAACGGAUUAAGUUAUCUAGAUUAAAGCUUAUUAAGCUCUAAUCAUAUGUAGUAUACAACGUAUGAUGAAGAUGGAUUAUUUUCCAUUCUGAAUAUAAUAUUAAUUGUAUAUGUAGGUUACAGUUAUGGAAGUGUUCUCAAGGCAUUUGGAUAUAAAAAUGUCAAAAGAGUGCUCAUUUAAUGGAUGAUAUUUAGCUUAAUAUUAGGUUUUAUAGGCCUUAUAACCUAUAUACAAUGGGCUUUUAUACCUCCAGUUUACUCAUAAAAUUUUACUAUGUUUUGCUGUGGAUUAUCAGGAAUAGUUUUGCUCAUUUUAUUCACUACUGUUGAUUUAUCUCAUAAAAAAUAUCCUAUUUUUACAAAAAUUUCUUAUCCUUUUAUUUGGUUUGGUAAAAAUGGUUUGUUUCUAUUUGGGGUCAGGUGCUUAAUAGAAUGUCUUUUUCUUAAGUAUAACCUAACCUUAAAAAUAGUUGACAAAAUAGGCUUCUUUUCUAGUGAUUCAAUGAAUGGACUUUUCUAUAACAUACUAUUUUAUCUUUUUUUCCUUCUAAUAUCUUUUUUUCUUCACAAGACAAAUAUUUGCUUCAGAUUUUGA